AUGAAUGCUGGCACAGGCAGGGCGGGCGUCAUACGCGCCGAUGAUGAUGAUGCUUCGUCUAUGGAUAAGUUGGCACAUGCUGUAUUAGACGAUGUGCUUUACAAUGUUCUGAGCGAUCUAUUGAUGAAGACGCACCGCGAAGAGAAGACUGCAAGAGCCACCACUGCUGCGAUUCGAAUCGAGAAACUGGCCGCCGACGCGUCCGAUGCCAACACAGUCGAUAGUAAACCUGAUGUACGAAUAGAGACCGACGCCGCCAUCUACGAGGAUGGGAAAGUAUUGCUCAAGGGCAACCCCCUCAAGACAACCGCCGAGAUUCUCUGCCCCCGAUGCCAUCUACCCCGACUCCUCUAUCCCACCGAUGGAAAGGGUGCCAAGAAGCCCGAUCCCAGCAUCAUCUAUUGUAAGAAACACCCUUACAUCGAUAAGCCUGGAUGUGACAUUUACGGCCAGAGCUGGGUUGGGCCCGGUCCUGGUCGAGGCAAGAAGAAGAAGGACAUGGAGAAGAAUACCGACUCCCCAACGCCCGAACAACGACCGCCUAACGUUCUCUCCUUCCCUUCCGCCACCUGCAGCAAGUGCAAGCGCUGUAUCCUCGUUACUCGACUCAAUAAUCAUAUGGGCUCGUGCAUUGGCAACAGUGGGCGUAAUGCCAGUAGAGCUGCGGCGCAGAAGUUGAGCAACGGUGGUUCUCAAAAUGAUCCAACGCCUCCAUCAUCACAAAAGGCGACACCUGCUCCGGGCUCUCGUGCCACUAGUCCAAAGAAGCGCGACGCCAGCGAUGAAGAGGAUUCCGAAAACAGUCACAAGAAGAAGAAGCUUAAGCCUACGUCCUCAGUCACCAAGAAGGUCAUCCUCAAGACAAAGCCGAGCCUUAAAAAGGAUAAGCUCAAAGGACUCUCAUCUUUAAGCCAAGAGCAAAAAGCUGACUAUACCAACGGCGAGUCGGUGGAAGUGGCUCCUAAGAAGGCAGUGUCUAAGGGAAUCAGUCCUGUCAAGAAACUUAAGAUGAACAAACCUCAGCUGGGCUCACCUAAGCCCAAGUCCAAUCUCAUUAGGGAGGCUACUGGAGAGUCUGAAUCUUCCGACACCCUCUCGUCUCCACCUCAGUAG